AUGUACCGGGAUUCCUCUGAAGACUACGCUGAGUGCAGACUUGUGGCGUUUCGAGUGAACAAGUUGUUCUUUGGGAUACUGGCCUUCGGAUUAUUCCUGCUUUUCGCGGCCUGGUUUGUCGUCAUGGACGGAGCAAGAAUGAAACACAUGUACAUUUCCCUAGACGAUGCUUCCAGUGCGGCAGAAUUUAGUAGAAGAAGCAAUUGCAUAGAAGAGAAUAUCUGCAAAUCACCAAUCGGCGAGGAGGUUUACGUAUACAGACGUAAUGAGAAAACAUUCAAGCAAAUGCUGAGCUCUCCGGUUGAUACGAAUAGGAAAAUCAUUCACAAGAAUAGAGUUAUUCCCCCUUUAGUGCACUUCACAUGGUAUGGUGGUCCCCAGAAAAACCAUUUCCGGUUUCAUCAUCUACUUAGUGUUUUGGCUGUUCAAAGGUUCGUAAAGCCAAAACGUAUAUUUCUGUGGUUUGAUCUAAUUCCAGAAGGUGAUUAUUUCAUAGAAUUACAAAAUAAGGUUCCUGAAUUGACCCCAAUUCACCGUAAAACCCCAAAACAUAUCUACGGCCGGUCAAUUAGUAAACCAGAACACGUAACAGAUAUCAUAAGACUGGAAGCGGUUUUAGAGUAUGGGGGAAUGUACUUCGAUCUGGAUGCCAUUGUUGUAAAACCACUGGAUCCUUUACUUAAAUAUGAAGUAGUUAUGGGAUAUGAAUCAGCAGGUAGACUUUGUAAUGGUAUAAUUAUUGCGGUAAAAUGGGCAGAAUUCCUUAAAAUGUGGUACGAACAGUACAAAACAUUUGAUGACAAAGAAUUGCAGUUUCAUUCAUUUGAAGUCCCCGCUGUGCUGGCCAAAAAGUAUCCACAGUUAAUACACACGGAAGAGAAAUCGUUACACAGGCCUAACCCAACAGAAGUGAACCAGCUCUAUGAAGUGGGAAAUCUCUAUGACUGGAGAACGAACAAUUACGCCAUACAUUUGUGGAUUGAACAACACAAAAUAGAACACAACCCUACCGAUAUCAAAACAUGGAACACAACUGUUGGAGCUAUUUUCAGAUACAUAUACUAUGGUAAUUCUGCCAUUACCACCAACACACCGCAGCCCUCUAAGUACAUUACUGGAAGUAAUAAAGCUCGUAGUACUAAUUCUAACUUGUGUCUUGAAAAAAACAUAUGCAAGGAAAAUAUAAAAAUGGAAUACUAUACCUACAAAAGGAAUGACAGCUUUGACAAAAUGUUACAUUCUGAAAUUAAUUUCAACAAAGACAUAAAGCACACAGAACGCGUUAUUCCUAGUUUGGUCCACUUUACGUGGUACGGGGGCAAACAGAAAAACCAUUUCCGGUUUCACCACAUGUUGGCAAUUUUAGCCGGUCAUAAAUUUGUAAGGCCUGCCAGGAUAUUUCUUUGGAUUGAUAUGGUUCCAGAAGGAAACUACUUUGCUGAAAUUCGACAAAAGGUUCCAGAACUUUAUUUGAUUCACAGAGAAACUCCAAAGCAAAUCUACGGUCGACAAAUUAAAGUAUCCGAACACCACACAGAUAUUGUGCGGCUUGAGGCCGUCUUGGAAUAUGGAGGAAUUUACCUCGAUCUGGACGCCAUGGUCGUGAAACCACUGGAUCCAUUACUGAACUAUGAAGUGGUGAUGGGAUAUGAGCACGAAAAUGGUUUGUGUAAUGGCGUGAUCAUCGCAGUAGCUUGGGCUGACUUUCUAAAGAUAUGGCACAUGGAAUAUAAAUCGUUUCACGAUGCCCAAUGGGCCGAACAUUCAGUCCACUUGCCAGCCAAACUGGCCAAGAAACACAGAAACCUGAUUCACACGGAGGAAAGAUCUUUCCACCGACCAAACUGGAUGCAGCACGAAUUACGUCAACUGUACGAGGUAGGCAAUCUGUACGACUGGAAGAAAAACAAUUAUAUUGUCCAUUUGUGGAUCAGAAGCCAGAAGACAGAACACAACCCAGAAGACAUAAAAACUUGGAACACUACCGUUGGUCAAAUAUUUAGGCACAUUUAUUAUGAUAAAUCUGAUAUUAUUCAAUAUAUUUAAGCAGACUUGUCAUACCAGUAAAAGGAUUGUCGAUAAUUCCAUCAGAUUCUGGCUUUUUUUAUAAGUCAGUAAACAAUGUUGAAAUA